AUGUCCGCCGAUCUCCAAUGGUUGCUCAUCCGAAAAUGGAACUCUUUCCAAGUCAAGGGAGGUAACGGACCUUCUUUCUCCAAAGAGAAGGGAAACCUCCUCAACAAACACUCCCACAAAUACUCUGGUCUCGCCAACACCAAAGUAAUCAACAUCUACGGUACCCCCGAAGGUGGAAUUACCGUCACCAAAGUCAAGGCCGAUGCUAAGCCCAACCAAGUCGCUUCUGCCAGAUCUCACGUUUCUCUCCGAAAGUCCACCGGUCCUCGAAGAGCCAACAAGAUCGCCGCUGCUGAGACCGCCGGUAAAGGAUACCGAGCUGACCUCCGAAAGGCCGCCGUCGCUAGAGCUUCUGCCCUUUCCCGAGCUGCUACCCGAUCAGUCAACCCCCCCAAAUCUUUCCCCACCAAACAAAGAGGAAAGAAGGCUCAACAAGCUACUUCCGCCUCAAAGAAGGAGGAUGACGUUAUUGAGCUCGAUUAA